CUUGGGAACCAACAAAAUUCAUCUGCCCAAAACCUACCCCAAAAAAAAAAAAAAAAAAAAAAAAAAAAAAAAAAAAAAAAAACCCCUUUCUUCUGGGUAGAUAAGUCAUGUUUUAGCAGAGACUAGAGAGAAAAAACCACCCCCCACAAAAAAUAGAACGAUUAUCAAAAUUUCAAUCUUUGAUUUUGGUCACUACAAAAUAGAGCCACGUUACGCGAACAAACCAAUAGAAUCGCACUUCUCUCUCUCUAUAUAUACAUAUAUAAAAAACAACCUUCCUUUCUAGUGUAUAGAUAGAUAGAUAGAUAGAUACAGAAGGUUAGAUAUAAAACCCCGUAAAGCCAUAACCCACCAAAAAUCUUCCACAACCCAGUCCCUCUUUCUUUCAUAACCUUUAAAAAAAAUUAAAUCCUCAAAUUUUUUUUUCUUUUUUUUUUUAAAUUAUUGAUUAUUAUUAUUAGGUCAAAAUCCCCCACAAAACCAUUUUUGUACCCCCAGUUAUCCCCACACGGUCUUCCUUUGUUCCAUUUCAUCUAAUUUCCACCUUCUUUUGGGUGUGCCUUUCAUUUUGUUCCAUUUUGGACCUGCCCUGGUCACAAAAUACACACCCACCCCAACAUAAGGUUAUAUAUAUAUAUAGACACAUAGACAUAUAUUAUAUAUAUAUAUAUAUGUAUAUCACACACAUCUGUUAGUGACUAGGGAAGAUUUGAGAGUGCGAGACAUAAAAUUGAGAGAACCCCAGCAAAAAAAAAAAAAAAAAGGUACCAUUUAACAAAACCCGUAUCUACCAAACAACCAAAAACUUGUUUACCCUAAUGGAAAAAGGUGAUUCUCGGUGCAUAACUUCCCUCCUCCUUUAAAGUUUGAACAGUAAGGUGGUGGGGAUAGUCAAGUGACACCACAAACUUUAUAUGGGACUACUAGUUUCAUUUUGAAAAAUCAUGGAAGUACUUCCUUGUUCUGGAGUUCAGUAUGGUGGAGAAUCUGAUUGCCCCCAGCAGAGUUCGGGUAGAGAGCUUGCUUAUGAUAAAAAAUCUAAACUUGAUGAGCAUGGGCAACAAGUGACAUUAACAGAAGUUAGAGUGGAUGGUAUGUUGCAAAAUGCGGAAAGGCCUCAAAUGGAAAGACGGGUUGGAGUUCAAGGGACGGUUGAUGAAUUGAAAAUUUCGGAAAGCCACUGCCAUGGAGCUUCGGAUGAUACUCAGGUGGCAGGUCAAAAGUCAUGUCGUGACUCACGUGAUUAUGAUGAUGAAAAUGAUGACGACUAUGAUGACGCGGAUGAGCAGAGUUAUUGCAAAGAGACCAGCCUAGCCUCUGAUAAUUGUCAACUUAUUGUGGAUUCAAUUGAAAGUGAAUUGCCAAACAGCAAUAGAGAAGGAGAGUCAUCUUUUUCCGAGCCCAAAUGGCUAGAAGGGGAUGAAUCUGUGGCAUUGUGGGUCAAGUGGAGAGGAAAGUGGCAAGCUGGAAUAAGAUGUGCAAGGGCUGACUGGCCAUUAUCAACUUUGAGAGCAAAGCCUACACAUGACAGGAAGAAGUAUUUUGUUAUAUUUUUCCCACAUACCAGGAAUUAUUCUUGGGCAGACACGCUACUUGUUCGUUCUAUCAAUGAGUAUCCUCACCCCAUUGCAUAUAAGACCCACAACAUUGGACUGAAAAUGGUAAAAGACCUGACAGUUCCGCGACGUUUUAUCAUGCAAAAGUUGGCUGUUGGUAUGCUAAAUAUUGUCGACCAAUUUCACUCUGAGGCCUUGAUAGAGACUGCCCGGGACGUGGCGGUGUGGAAGGAAUUUGCUAUGGAGGCGUCUCGAUGUAAUGGUUAUCCAGAUCUUGGAAGCAUGCUUCUGAAGCUGCAGAAUAUGAUAUUGAAGCACUACAUAAAUUCCGACUGGCUGCAGAAUUCAUUUAGCUAUUGGGCUCAGAGGUGUCAAAAUGCACAUAGUGCAGAAUCUGUUGAAAUGCUUAAGGAGGAGUUGUUUGAUUCUAUUAUGUGGAAUGAAGUCCACUCUCUGAGGGAUGCACCAGUCCAGCCCACGUUGGGUUCUGAGUGGAAAACUUGGAAGCAUGAAGUUAUGAAGUGGUUUUCAACGUCUCAUCCCGUAAACGGUGGUGGAGAGCUGCAACAGCAAAGUAGUGAUGGCCCCUUGAGCACAAGCCCCCAAGUUAGCAGGAAAAGGCCCAAGCUUGAAGUUCGUCGUGCCGAGCCACAUGCUUUCCAGGUAGAUAGUAGGGGUUCUGAUCAAUCAGGAACUCUUGAAAUCGACGCUGAAUUCUUCAAUAGAGACAUUGUAAAUGCCAACACAUUAGCAUCAAGGCCUUGUAAAGGGGAAAACUUCAAAGAGCUACCUGUCGUACCAACAGACUCACCUGGUGAUGUGGCUGAUAAAUGGAGCAAAAUCGUACUUGAAGCAAAAAAUGGUAUGGCCGGACAAAACAAGGACGUUGAGAUGACACCUAUGGAUCAAGUGACUUCUGCAAGAGCGUUAGAGUCUGGGAGUAAGAAUCGCCAAUGCAUUGCUUAUAUUGAAUCUAAGGGUAGGCAAUGUGUGAGGUGGGCUAACGAUGGUGAUGUUUACUGUUGUGUUCAUUUAUCCUCUCGUUUCACGGGAAACUCUACAAGAGCAGAAGGGACUGUCUCCAAUGAUACACCAAUGUGUGGAGGGACAACUGUUCUUGGUACAAGAUGUAAGCAUCGGUCUUUACCCGGGUCCUCAUUUUGUAAGAAACAUAGACCUAAGAUUGAUAUGAUAAAUUUAAAUUUUUCAGAGAAUCCACUCAAGAGAAAUUAUGAAGAGAGCAGUCGUAGUUUAGAAAACACACACUGCGAAGAGCUAGUGUUGUUUGGAGAUGUUGGAAGUCCACUGGAAGUGGACCCCGUCUCAGUCAUGGACAGUGAGGCCUUGCAUGGAAGAAGCAACUUAGUUGAGAAGCCUGAGCUUCCGGCUAUAGAUUGUAAUAGCACCGAGGCUUUGCACUGCAUAGGUUCUUGCUUGCGUGACAACAAUAUCCCUUGUCUGGAAAGUCCAAAGCGUCACUCUUUAUACUGUGAAAAGCACCUCCCAAGCUGGCUUAAACGUGCGAGGAAUGGUAAGAGUAGGAUCGUAUCAAAAGAAGUUUUCAUAGAUCUUUUGAGGGGUUGCCAUUCACAGGAGCAAAAGGUUCAGUUACAUCAGGCAUGCGAGCUUUUCUAUAGGCUUUUUAAAAGUAUAUUAUCCCUGAGAAACCCAGUACCGAAGGAUGUUCAAUUUCAGUGGGCCCUAUCCGAAGCUUCUAAAGAUUUUGGUGUUGGGGAAUUCUUCAUGAAAUUGGUAUGCAAUGAAAAGGAAAGACUCCGAAGGAUUUGGGGCUUCAGUGCUGAUGAAGAUGCGAAGAUUUCCUCAUCUAUCGUGGAAGAACCAGCCCAAUUGCCGGAGGUGGUUGAUGGUAGCCAGGAUGAUGACAAAACCAUUAAGUGCAAAAUUUGUUCACAGGAGUUUUUGGAUGACCAAGAACUUGGCAACCACUGGAUGGAAAACCAUAAAAAGGAAGCACAAUGGCUGUUUAGAGGUUAUGCUUGUGCCAUCUGUCUUGAUUCUUUUACCAAUAAGAAAGUCCUGGAAACUCAUGUGCAGGAGAGACACCAUGUUCCAUUUGUUGAGCAGUGCAUGCUUCUGCAGUGUAUUCCCUGUGGCAGCCAUUUUGGGAAUACUGACGAGUUAUGGUUGCAUGUGCUCUCAGCUCAUCCUGUUGAUUUCAGGCUUUCAAAAGCAGCUCAACCGGCUCUGCCAGCUAAUGAUGAGUCUUCACCGAAGCUUGAGCCGCGUAGUUCGGUUUCUGUGGAGAAUAAUAACUCUGAGAAGUUGAGUGGUUCCCGGAGAUUUGUUUGCAGGUUCUGUGGGUUGAAGUUUGAUUUACUUCCUGAUCUUGGCCGCCACCACCAAGCUGCUCAUAUGGGACCAAGUUUAGUCAGCUCUAGACCCGCAAAGAGGGGGGUACGUUAUUAUGCGUAUAAGUUAAAAUCUGGAAGACUCAGCCGUCCUAGAUUUAAGAAAAGUUUGGCUGCAGCCUCAUAUAGAAUAAGGAACAGAGCAGCAGAUAAUAUCAAGAAACGCAUUCAGGCAUCAAAGUCACUUAGCACAGGGGGAAUAAGUGUACCGCCUCAUGUAACUUCUGAGGCAGCAACUCUUGGUACAAUGGCGGACUCUCAAUGCUCGUCUGUAGCAAAAAUUUUGUUUUCGGAGAUGCAGAAAACAAAACCUCGUCCCAACAACUCUGACAUUUUAUCCAUCGCUUGUUCCACUUGCUGCAAGAUUAGCCUUAAAGCCACCCUAGAGGAAAAAUAUGGAGUAUUGCCAGAACGUUUGUAUCUAAAGGCAGCGAAACUCUGUAGUGAGCAUAAUAUUUUCUUGAAUUGGCAUCAAGAUGGGUUUAUUUGUCCUAAGGGAUGCAAGGCAUUCAAGGAUUUAACCCUGCUGUGUCCAUUGAAGCCUAUUACAAAUGGUAUUCCUGGCCACAAAUCGGCAUGUUCGUCGGAACCUGUGGAUGACAAAUGGCAGGUGGAUGAGUGCCAUUAUAUCAUAGAUUCAGGCGACUUGAGACAAAGAUCUGUGCAAAAUGGCCAUGUACUUUGUGCUGAUUUGAGUUAUGGGCAGGAACCGGUUCCUGUAGCCUGUGUGGCAGAUUAUGGUCUAUCAGAUUCCGAAUCCCUCCUUGUGGGUAGUUCUGAUGGUCAAGGUGGUAGACGUAUGCCUUGGGAGGCCUUUACCUAUGUUACAAAGCCCAGGCUUGGCCCUAUGCUUUCGCUUGAUACACAGAGUUUCCAGCUGGGGUGUGCCUGCCAGCAUCCAACAUGCUCUCCUGAAACAUGUGAUCACGUGUACCUCUUUGAUACCGACUAUGAUGAUGCGAAAGACAUUUAUGGGAAAUCCAUGCGUGGUAGGUUCCCAUACGAUGAUAAAGGCCGAAUUAUCUUGGAGGAAGGCUACCUUGUUUAUGAGUGCAAUCACAUGUGUAGCUGCCCAAGAACCUGUCAAAAUAGAGUUUUGCAGAAUGGAGUUCGAGUGAAGCUGGAAGUGUUUAAAACAGAGAAAAAGGGGUGGGCAGUCAGGGCUGGUGAAGCAAUCAUGCGUGGAACAUUUGUGUGCGAGUACAUAGGCGAGGUUUUAGAUGAGCAGGAAACAAACAUAAGGCGCAAGAGGUAUGGAAAAGAAGGCUGCGGCUAUUUAUUUGAAAUUGAUUCUCAUGUCAAUGAUAUGAGCAGAUUGAUUGAAGGUCAGGCCCGUUAUGCAAUUGAUGCCACGGAAUUUGGAAAUGUUUCACGGUUCAUUAAUCAUAGUUGCUUGCCAAAUCUUGUGAGUCACCAAGUCCUUGUGGAAAGCAUGGAUUGUCAUCUUGCACAUAUAGGUCUCUAUGCGAAUCGAGAUAUAUCAUUGGGCGAAGAAUUAACGUUUCACUAUCGGUAUGCACUGCUUCCUGGAGAAGGAUAUUCGUGCCAAUGUGGAGCUUCUGUGUGCCGUGGCCGCCUAUAUUAAACCUUCUAUGGUGUACAGAAUUUGGUGCUUGCAUCUUUAUCGUGGACGUAAGAGAUUUUGAAGCUGGGAUGCCUCUUGGUUGUUGAAUGGCAAAGUUUUCUAGUCAUAUUGCCAUCGAACAGCUGAUAAAAGUUCGAGGCACUCGCUCAUGUCGCGAAAAGCCAUGGCUUAAUCGCGAGAACGGAAUCUUGAUUAGCAGUCGUCUCCAAGCGUGGCAUGCAACCUUUGGUUGAGGUAGAUUCCAUGAUUCCAGUAGGGAAUUUUGUCAUCUUGGCACAGGUUUCUUUGAAGAAACGAGGUUGGAAUCCCUCUCUCUCCCCUCCUUUCCGUUAUAUAUAAGUUUGCAAAUUGUUUGAAUUUGUCAAUGCUGAAACCAUCCUGGACUAGGGAAUUGUAGAAAUUUUCUUUUUACUAGCCUCAUUCCUUGUAGUUAUCUGAUGGUAAUGCUUGUUAUUUGGCCAAAGUUUUCAAGUUAUUUCUGUCAAAAUUUGCUGCAAAAGAUCUCAGUGCCCAACAUGACGCUUCCUCUCGACUUGUCGGUCAUCACAAUGUUUUUUGUUAUGUGACAGUUCAAGACAAUUCUCACUGGCAGAAUUAUGGAAGUAAUAAUGCGUUUACCAUGUUUAGAUAUUUUGUAAUUGUAGCGAAAGUUGUACAUUGUAGGUAACAAGUUUUCUCCUUUAUCAAUGUACUUCUUUGAUAUGCAGAGGAAACCCUUAUGUGUUGAAUGAA